AGACUAUGUGGCUAACAUACAUGUAAUUAGGAGUAGCAUUAGGAACUGUAUCAGGAUAUCUAGUGACAUCCUUAUCACUCUAUUUUUCAUAGAAUGUAAUUCAAAUUUUAAUAAUUAGUGGGUCUAUCCAUAUUAUUUGUAAAUACUAUUGCUAAUACCAUGUUUUUUGGUUUAUAGUUUGAGUGAUGAAAAAAUGUUAUCAACAUAAUAUUAGGAGAAAACAGAUGAAUAAAGAGAGGAUUUUAAGACGAUAUUUUUGCAGAAUUUAAAAACUUUUUUUUCUAAUCCUAUUUUUGUGUUUUCAAUGCUAUCAUUAAGUUCUUUAUUUUUUGUUGUAACAGGAGUUUAAUUUUGGAUAACAGAUUAUCUUAGGAAUGUGUUGCUAAUGCCUCAUGAAGUCGUGUUUAAAUCAUUUUUGAUAAUAUCAUUGACUGCUCCUCUUACGGGAGUAUAUUUGGGUGGCUUAGUCUUACAAAACUUUGGAGGAUAUGAUGGAUCGAUGGCAAUUAAAAUAGCAGCAUUUGAAGCCUUAUUAGCAAGUAUAUCAGGAGCAUUCAUUCCAGCUUUAAAUGAUGGAGCAUUUGUCUUACUUUUCUUAUGGUUCUUACUAUUCUUUGGAGGAAGUGCUGUUCCUGCAAUUAUGGGUAUCAUGAUCACUUCAAUUCCAAGAGAAUAAAGAUCAAGUGGAAACUCAUUAAGCCAUUUGUUUCAAGAACUUUUAGGGUAUCUACCUGCCCCUAUUCUUUAUGGUUAUGUUUAAUAAUCAACUGGAGGUUCAACAUCUCGUUGGGGAAUGAUUCUUCUAUCUACUGUUGGAUUCUUUGGUUUGUUCUAUAUAGUUUUAGCAAUCUUUUGGAAGUCAAAAUAGACUCUCUAAUCAAAUCCCAGUUUAGAUGAAUCAGAGUUAAGAGACAGAGUUCCGUAAUUAGAUAUAGUUGAUAAGAAAGAUACAAUAAAAAAUUACGAUUUAACUUAAAUCAGAAUGCAGACUUCUAUAUAAUCAGGAAAAUCAAUAACGAUUCCAAUCCAAUAGGAACAAAUUAAUAAUGAAGGUUAAAAUGCAAAUUAGGUUUCUUUGAUACAUAGAAUGCAGACAUUUAAAACAAGAGAUGCAUAUCAGAGAUAAGCUUCGGUUUAUUAAGCUGUAACCAAUUUUUCUAUUCUUCUUGGAAGAGGCAGUUUGGAUAAUGAUUUAUUUUCUAUUAAAAAUAAUUAGGAUAGGAAAUAAAUUUAAGACUAUUAAAAGGAAAUUGAAUUACAAGUGGCUGGUGGAUACUAUUUAGUAAGUGAAGGAAGGUAUGUAAAAUUGGAAGAUUAACGAUGA